AGCAAUAUCAAAACGUUCAAUAAUAACAAUAAAGCAUGUGAACAGUUAUAUUCACUUUUCAUUGUUUUUGAAUCGUUUUAUUCAGUGAAACUUAAUACAGUUAUCAGUUUUCAUUUUUAAGAUGGCUUUAAACCCGUUAAACGAGCUAAAACGUCGACUGGACGAUGACAAAACUCCUUUGCCAAAAAGACUAUGCCUGGCAAAGAAUGUGGUGCAAUCCCAUCACUUCCCCACAGCACCUAAAGAAAGAAUCGUGGCUGAAUGGCUUUGUGCCUUGACCUCUAGAAAUAGGCUGAAUAGUGAAGAGCUGAAGAGCGUCCUUGAUUGGUUAUUUGUGGUUGAUGAUUUGACUAGUGAAUUAAAAAGUAAACUUGUACAGAUUGUAGCAGAAUUUACACAAAGGAACCCGUUACAAGCAGAAGAAAUACAAUACAUAUCAACAUUCCUAGAAAACCCUAAAAUAGUAUCACAGUUGAGUCUACAAACGGACGAAUACCUCACAAUAUCAAUCACAUUACUACAACACCUAAAAAAUGACAACAACACACAAAUGAGUCAGAAAAUACUAAACAAUUUCAUUAAAUACUAUCGAGAAUCAAAAAAGAAAUUAGAAUUCAUCAUUAAACUGCUAAACGGUGAAAACUUGGAGACAAUCUUCAGUUUUCUUGACACAGAUUGCCGCAAGACUGCGAUAGAUGUUUGUCAAAAUAUUUUGUUUCCCAUCAAUAAGAGGACCUUUUUCAUCAGUUUCUUACAAACUUUAAUCAGGAAAGAUAACUUAGAAGCAUUGAUUGCUGAAAAAGGUGACAAUAUACAGUCCGUCAUCAAAAUAAUGAACACAUUCUUUGAAUUUCCAAAAAAUCGCUUCGAUAAUGACACAAAGUUCUUGCAUAAUUUCAUAGACGUCUUUGUCAGUUCGUUCCAAAAAGAAAAUCAGAUUAUCUUUGCUUUUUACAUUAUGGUUGCUAACGUUUUAAAUAUGGAACAGAGCUUCAUCGUGCCAGCCAUGAAUUUGCCACCAAUUUUAGAAGAUGAUGCUAAAACUAAAAGGAUUCUCUUUCUAAAUAUGCUAGAGGUUUUGUUACGCAAUGAAAUUGAUAUAAAUGUCCGCUUGACUGAUACUUUUGGUGAGAAAAUAUCUAAGGUUGAGAUCAAAAAGAAUUUUACUUCUUUCCUCCAAGCUGUAAUGAUGGGGCAGCUCAAAUUGGAAGGCAAACUGGACAAGACUACAUUACAAAUAAUCAAAACAGCUUUAAAACUGGACCCUGUGUUAAUUGAACAGAAAAUUAACACAAUUCUACCACCAAUAAUGACGGCAAAGAAAAACAGCUCAAGUUUAUUAGAAUCUUACACAGAAACAAUAAACUGUUUACUAGAAAUCCUCUUCAAAUUAAGUAGAGGAACAACAUUUUUAAAUCAAAUUCUACCAUCGGUAAAAAAUAUUUUGGAAGCUGGCAACACUGAGCAGUUUGAAUUGAAACAGAAGGUUCUAGAAGCAAAACAAGAUGGCGUCGAAUGUGAGAAAAUGGAGGGAAAAAUAAUUACGGGGUCUGAUCUGUUUCCACAAGAAUGUGUGACUUUGUAUGGGAAGUUGACUUCAGAAUUGAUGUUUAGACAGAAUAAAGAACUUUUGGAGUCACUCCAGAAAGACUUUGAAGUACAUUGCUUAAUGAUGCUUGAAGAAGGAUUUGUUAGUCCAUCGAUAAUAACGCUAACGGAAGUACUAUCAGCCAUUUUGUCGUCGUUCCUACAACAGAACAAGAUGGCGGACCACACUGUACCUCUGAACAUAGCUGAAGGUUUCUGGAACUUGUACUCUAAGUUCGAAACCGAGUGCCUGGCUAAAUUCGGAGUGUGUGUAUUGAAACUUAGUUAUAAUCCUCCGCUUGUUAUAUCAUUCCUGAAACUAUGCCAAAGUUUCGCUCAACUGAAGUUGUUGAACAUAAAGUAUAGUAACGUGAAACUAGACAUAUCGCCUGGCAGUGAUACAUCGGAGGUUUUCGAUCUUAGUAUGUUAUUACCAUGCUUGAAUAGCCAGCAAUGGACGGCGCUCGCUGAGAAGAUUCAGGAUGAUGAAGCUGUUACGUUUUUGGACAACCUACUAUUAGCCAAAACAUUGGCCCUUCAAAUGUUGUCAAUAAGCAACCACCAGGAAUACGCAACAAUAACCUCGACAAAGACACAUUUGAUCAAACAAAUUGCUACCAACCCAUCACUGUUUCAAGACACUUAUUUCUGCAAAGCAUUAUUCACUGGCUUAGAAAAAUCACACAUAAAAACAUUGGCCAAAUGUUUGAUCAAACUUUGCUUGGACAACUCAGAGUUGGAUGUACUAAGAAUUGACGCAGUGGUAAACAAUAGAGAAUUGCUAAACAUGUUGGUAUUAGAAACAGCUAAAAAUAUAGCUAAAACCUUUGAAAACGGUGAAUCUUUCAGCAAAGUAUUGGGCAAAGCUGACUUCAAUAUCACCUCUUAUGCAAAAGAAGUAUCUUUAGUAGAAUACUUCAAUGAAAUAACUAUAAAUACUGAAUCACAAGAUAUACUGAAAAACUCGAUAAACAUUUACAAACAAUUACCAGUUUACUACUUAGAAGAAAACUACCAAUUGGUAGCAAUUUUUGUUAUGCUGGCAAUCAAGAAAUGUUCAACUGUCAAAAAACUGAAACGCAGCAUAGAUUAUGUUCUACAAAGCAUUUACGAAUUGAGCUCCCAGAGACCAGACUUGUAUCAAUUAUUCCCAGCUGAUAAUAUAUUUAAUUUCAAAGAUAAUUCUUUAUUAGAAUUACUGACAUUAAAAAUUAAAACGCCAAACACUUUGCUUAUAAUCAAAAGCCUGUUGGAAUUAGCUGUGAAAAAGGUUCGGAUUGACAGUGACCAAGUGAAAAAUAUAGUAGAAAGGCUCUUAAAAAAGAAUAAGAAAUCUAUUUCUGACAUAGAAGCUUUCAACGACCCUGUGUUCCAAAUAACUUGUUUGAUACUUCCGUCAAUAGUGAAGCAAAAGAAAGCUAUAACUGCAAGUGCUUUCCGAUCAAUACUAGCGGACCUACAAGAAAAACUGCACAAAUCUUUACUAGAAUCGUUUAAAAACAUCGAUUUUGGUAAUAGUAGCUUUUCAUUAAACGAUACUGGUAACACUGAAGAUAGUGUUGUGCAAUCGGAAAGUAGUGUGGCAACUUUGAACGCUAUGGUGGCGUAUUCGUUGACACUUUCGAGGUAUUCCGAAAAUCCGGAAGGGGAGGAUGUGAAACAUUUGGACUGCUUAUUAACUGCCUUGGAGUUCUUCGUACAAAAUGCUAUAAAAACAACAGAAAAUCCGGAUUCCAAACCCCAACACAUAGAUUCAUCAAUUCAACUACUAAACGUAGUAUUACGACGCAUGAAGAAACUAGAAACACACUCAGUUUUCCAAGAAAAAGACAAAUUGUUCCUUCAAAUAUGGCGUAGUAUAAAAACUCGGCUAAUGUUGGAACAAGAAAAGAAAGUACUAAGUGGUAAUAGUUAUGAAGAAAUUGGUACUACGUUGAAGUUACUGUGUGAACUGUCUUCAGUUGAAUGUUAUGUCACGAAUUUCGUUGGUGAUCUCAAUAAUUUGGUCGUUUUGAAGAAACCAUCUCAACAAAAAGACAACAGUGCGGAGAUCAAAUCUCGCAAAGUUUUCAAAUUCCUAUGGUCGCAAUGUCUCAAAGCAAAUAUCGUGGGCCCCAAAUGUGUUGCCAUGUCAAAAUUAAUGCACCGCGCUUGUAAGAAUUUGAGGAAUUGGAUGCGGCAACACUAUGACUAUGAAGACAGUGUUGCCAGAGUAAAUGAAGAUAUUUCUACCGAAGAUUUAGUUGUGAAAGUUAUUAAAGUGGAUGAUGAGAUUUGUGAAAUUGUGAGAUUGGAUUUAGAUGCAUUGUCGGAACUGCUUUUGGCAGCUAAAAAGAUAUCCCUAGACUACAGUUUCGUCGACGUCACAUUCGAAGUACAGCACUUAAUACAUUAUGUGCUGAGUAACAAAUAUAAUCUGAAGUUCGAUAUAUCGUGGGAGGCAUUCUUCAUAUUGUUUGAGGGAUGUGUUGCAGUACUCAAUAAUAUGCUGCUGGCUAGAGAAGAGGUUUUAGAAGACAGAUGGCCAUGCUACAUGCAGUGCUACAGAGCGCUCAUUACAUCGCUCUGUGAACGAGCGACAUCACACGCCCAGCUAGAGAGGAGGAUCGAAGAAAAACUCGCUGAAAUGGCGCACUCUAUUGAGAAAUUGACUCAAUCAAUAAGCAAGCGUAAGAAGCAUGUUUCAAGAAUAGCAGCAUACACGGUAGCGGAUCUCUGUACCUCUCUAGAAAGGAACGCACCAACGAAAAUGGUUCGCCAACACCUAGAAAAUUCCGUAGCCCUACUCAUACAGGCGUGUGAUAGCACAUAUGCUAUGUCCUUCUUGAAACGAGGACUAGUGGGCUAUGUAGGACAAAUGACUAUGACCAAUUUGUACACUAUGUAUAAGAGGUACCAUAAGUAUAUGGGUAAUUCAUAAGUAUUACAUUAUUGUGAAAAUAAAUAGUCUUCGUGAAGUGUCUGAGAAUGAAUGAGAAUUUGGUGCUCUGGCUUGUUAACUGACGUAAAUACCGUAUUUUUUUAUAAUAACUGUCGCGAGAAAUACCAAAUUAACUAAAAAGUGAUUUUUAGUUAAACCGUGAGGUUUGAAGAAAAGCUCUUCUAGUUUCGAGUCACAGAGGGACUGUGAAAACUGCUAGAUGAAGAGAUCGUCUGUGACUCGAAACUAGCAGAGAUUUUCUUUUAAUUUUAUAUGAAAAGUUAAAAUAAGUGUCCAAUGUUUUAAAAUAAUCAGAUUACGUAGUAGUAUGUAUAGUUGUAUACUACACUAUUGUUAAAUUGUUAACAAACAAAAUAAAAAUAUGUCAUGUUGUAAAAUACUUUAUUAAAGUUUUCCUAGUAGGUUACCCUUAAACAUUUUUAUUCAUAUUACAAUGUGUGUCUAUUUUGUUAUAUUAUUAUCGUCGAUUAUGAACCCCGAAUGUUUAAUACAUUGUAUACAACUCCACACAUUAAAGCUACAGGUUAAAAUGGUUUUUUUUUAUUCCAGAGUAUAAUAAAUCUAAAUGUCUAUGUAACAUACCUAAAAUAUAAAAAAUAAUUC